GCGUCAAAAUUGCGUGUUUUGUAUUGUAUAUCGUCUUUAGCCGUCGUCGUCAAACAACAUUGUUUUGUUGAAGUGUAAUUAAGUACUAACCGUUUGUUUAGGAUGUCUAAAGAUAGGGACGAAAUUUUGGCUGAUUUUCAGGCAUGCACUGGGAUGGAGGAUGUUACCAGAGCCAUCAGCAUCUUGGAAGAAAACAACUGGGAUCUUGUGCGAUCUGUUAAUGAAGUAAUGCCACAAGAAUCCCAAUCCUUUCAUUCGCACUCAAUGCACGAUGUCGAAAUGGUCUCUGAAGUGAUAGAUAUACCGGCAAGUCCCGUCGAAUCAGCAACGGAUAUGCUUUCGGUGGGCAAUAACGUUGGUCACGCAAGGGCUCGAAGCAUGCCUACUUUGGAGGAUGGUUUUAAUAACUCUGUUCAUCAGCCGUCGACAUCCGCCUCCGUAACCAGGCAGAAUACCGUUCAGUUUAACGUACAGUUUGGUGACAGGAUUAUAAAUAUCGAUAUUCCGGAUACUGGAACAAUAGCUGAUAUAAAAGCAAGAUUAUACCGGGAAUUGAAAAUACCGCCUUGUCAACAAUUGUUGUCUGGUUGGGCUAGACACGAUCAGUUUGAGCAUGUGCCAGUUAAAUCCUUAAUGGCACCCAAUCAAAACGCAUUGAGUUUGACAGUUAAACCUACGAAUGGAGGGAUUUUAGCAGAUCAAGAUAACAACAUAACUGAACGUCUUAAAGGAACUUACGUUCUUAAGAUUAAGAAUUUAUCUGAAGCAAAUAAAGAAUACCACGUGAACUAUCCUGGAACGAAAACAAUACUUGAAGUGAAAAAUGACGUUUAUACUUUUACAAAUAUACACGUUCGUAAUCAGAUUUGGACAGGUUGGCCGCCAAAUAUAGACGAUCAAAGCAUGUUAGCACUAUCAGGAAUCAAUUAUCCAGAACAUGAACUCACCGUUCGACAAAACAUCUUGAUUAAUCACACUAGAGAUAAACGGCCCAGCAGUACCAAUGUAGUCCAAAUAGAUAGUGAUGAUGAGGAGUACGAAGACGCUUCGGAAUCUUUUAAUGUAGAUGAUGAUAUUUUUGUCGAUAAUGUUACAACGAAAAGAGUGGAACCUUUAAUUCCAGAAAUGAUUGAAGAUGAAAUAGUUGGCAGUAUAAGUUUUGUGGAAAGAUUCAGUACACGUUAUGGUGCGAUACAUCCUCAGUUUUAUCAGGGAACGCUCGAGGAUGCACUUAAGGAAGCUUGUCAAAGACCAGCUAAAGACAAAAAAAUCCUGGGUAUUUACUUACAUCACGAUUCGAGCGUACUUUCAAACGUAUUUUGCACUCAACUUUUGGGAGUUGAAAGCGUGAUGCAAGUGAUUGAGAGAAACUUCGUUUUCUGGGGUUGGGACUUAACGUUUGAAAGCAAUCGCACAAGGUUACAGAAUUCCGUUAGUAAUUGUAUGGGGGCUACAGCUGCAAUGUCUUUGAGAGACAUCCCUGUCGAUAAGUUACCCGCUAUUAUUAUUAUUAUGAAAGUUAGAUCAUCAACAGAUAUUUACAGUGUUAUUUAUGGUAAUGUGGGUAUAAACGAAUUACUUUCAAGUUUAAUUGAAGCUGUUGAUGUCUUCACUGAUCAACAAAGAGUUGAAGUAAAAGAAGAACAAGAAAGAGCUGAGAGGGAACUUGUUAAAUGGGAACAAGAUAUGGCUUAUAGGGAAAGUUUGGAAGCGGAUCGAGCGAAGGAAGAAGCUAAACGUUUAAUAGCAGAAGCAGAGGCAAAAGAAAAAUUACGCGUUGAAACUGAACGUUCGGAAAAGUUGGCCCAAAAAGAAGCAUAUCGUCGUGAAGUGGAAGCAAGUUUACCGCCGGAACCUUCAGCAGAACAAGGUGAUAGUAUAACGCAAAUCCGAUUUCGACUGCCAAAUGGUAAAAAUUUAGAAAGAAGGUUCCUGGCAAACACGCAGUUGAAAGUUCUUUUGGAUUACUUAACGGUACAAGGAUACCCAAAUAACGAGUAUAAAGUGAUUUCUAGCUGGCCUAGACGAGACUUGACUACCCUGGAUAACACAAAGACAUUGCAGGACUUAAAAUUAUGUCCGAAAGAAACUGUGAUAUUAGAGGAACGAUAAUCCGCACAUUCCCCUGAAUUUUCUGUCGUCCUGUUUCCCCCCUCCCCUGAAACGAUUACAGGAUUUAUAAAGAUAAAAAAAGGAAAAAACCACACACACGGUCCCAUGAUAUGGCAAAUAUAUGUUAAUCUAAGCGCAGUGCACGUGACUAGCAGCCUGAGUUUCAUUGUCAUGGCGUAAUUUGUAAUUUCUACUACAUAAUACUAAUUGUAUUUAGUACGUUUAUUUAUUAAUAAUAAUAAUUCAUAUCUGUGGCGUU